GCCCACUAAAGCCAUCUUUGUUCCAAGUUGGUAUCAAUUCCCUCGGGACCUGAUUUCAAUCUUCUCCAAAAUUGAGCUUUCCUUAGCUUCUAAUGGCGGCAACUCGCAUGAAUUCUCUUUCGCUUUCCCUAGUCCCAUUUUCCCUUCCGGCUCAAUCUAAUUGUUACUCUUUAGAACCCAAAACUCUAUUCCUUCCCGCCAGCCCUCUAAUCCAGCUCAACCUCGCAAUUAAGCGUUCUAAUGCCACCCAUUCCGUCUCGAAGUUCACUCGCCGUGCCACCACUGCCACUGUAUCGUUUAGCCUCCCGGCUUCGAAACCCGAGGGCGUUUCCCCAGAUAAACUCCCCAAAUGGUCAGCAAGAGCAAUAAAGUCAUUUGCAAUGGGAGAAUUGGAAGCAAGGAAACUCAAAUAUCCAAAUACAGGCACAGAAGCUUUGUUAAUGGGAAUUUUAAUCGAGGGAACAAAUAUUGCUGCCAGAUUCUUAAGGGCUAACGGAAUUACACUUUUCAAGGUAAGAGAAGAAACUGUCAAGCUACUUGGAAAAUCUGACAUGUAUUUCUUCAGCCCAGAGCAUCCUCCAUUGACUGAAUCUGCUCAGAGGGCACUUGAUUGGGCUGUUGCAGAGAAGUUAAAGUCCGGCCAAUCUGGAGAAAUAACUACAGGUCAUUUGCUUCUUGCUAUUUGGUCAGAGGAAUCGGCAGGUCGCAAGAUCUUGGCCACCCUUGGCUUUGAUGAUGAGAAAGCGAAAGAGAUUGAAAAAACCGUGGACAAUGAUGCAACUUUCAGUUAUAAGUAGAUGGAUUGUGUAGGAAGAUGUGAUGCAAUUUUCAUAUCUUCGUGGAUGGAAUCCUCACAAAGGAACGCCCAAAUGAAACUCAUAUGACUUGGACCCUCGUGCAUCCAUUGGUUGUAUAGCGAUUUGCCUGUUUAAUCAGCACCUGCCGCUCAACAUUAUCAGAUUCAUUUUGAAUUGGCUAUUGUUCGAACUUGUGGAGUGCUGGUAUGGUACGCUACAUUUUAGUGGUCUCAAAUGGCUUGCAGGGCAUAGUUUUCUUACUGUGGCUUUUUUUGGACAAGCUGAAAAGUGAAUAAUAACCCCUAUAUUUAAUACAUAAGAUUCUUAAUUUAAUCUUUGCAA